UUGCUAACCGCACAAAGCUUGCCAACCGCAAUGGGAGGCAAACCGUUUCUUCGAAGUGCAACAUUUCCGACAGUUUUCGACAGCAUUUGAAUACAGCAGAGCCGUUUGAGCGCGAAAACCGCAGGCGGCGCUGACCAGAGCCCAACAGUGUCCACCGUUUUUGUUUUUUUUCGAGGGAAAAAAAAAAAGGUUGAAAAAAUUAAAAUAGAUAAGGAUAGCAGGCUAGCUGAAGAGAUAAUACACUUAAUAUAUAGUGCUAUACCUACGAGCGGAAACUAAAAAAAACAACUUUUUUGUUAAGAGAUAGGACUGUGGCUAUGUUUAGGAAUAAGUCUGCCUGGUUUUCAAGUAGUGUGCCACAGGCGUGUCACAACUUUUGGAUACUGGAGGAUGGGACCGUUGCUGGUUGGAGGACUGCGGAUUAUCUUUUCAGUGAGGAUGCUACAUGCCCAGACACUCUGAGGAUAUUUGAGAGCAAAGAUUACCUCUGGAACAAGGUGACGGUUUUUCAGAGCUUGUUUCUGUCUGCCUGUGAGAAGCGCCAGAGUGUAAAGUCUGUGCACAUCGGUCACUAUGUGCUGCCUCCGGCCUCAGUUCAGGAUGAAGUGAGAAAUGUGGUUGGGAGGUUGAUUUGGGAGUGUGAAGAUCAGCAGCCAGUUGCACAGGGUUCCCAGAAGAAUUUUAGUUCCCCGACAGAAGAUGAGUACAGUGAAGGAGAAGUCAGCAGAGGCUAUUGUGAACCAUCUGACACAGACUCAUCAGAAAGUGAAGCCUGUCUGUGUGGGUAUUUGCAGGAGUAUCCAGUUAGUAACAUGCUUACAGGGUAUGUCAGCAUGGACAACCUGCAGCAAUAUUCAGGUGAUCUGUGUGAUUUCCAUCCCAGGUGUUUCCGAUGCUCCAACUCUGAGAAAAAGGCAUGUUAAAGAGGAACGAGUAGUUGUUGUGCUCCUCUCGGUUGCAAGCUGUAGAUAAUGUACUGGCAGAUGAGUUAUUCAGUUUGUUUAUUAUGUUUGCAUUGCCUUCCUGCACUCGUAUUUGCAGCGUAGAUGUAUACACUGACGUAAAAUAAAUCAGUGUGACAUGGCUAGUUCUGAUCUCAUUUUGUAUUUUAGUCCAAACAAUUUCGUUGUAUCUGCUAAUUGUUUCAUCCCUUUAACGCAGUCUCUAAUUUCUCAUGUUGCCCAAUUAAAUUCUCUGAAAAAGGCAAAUGGUACAAAUGGGUCAAUGUUUGUCCUCUAUGUGAUCUGUCUCACAGUGUGUGCAACGCUGUUCAGUUUCUGGUAUGACAGCAGAGUGAGGACAGACUUGCUCCCAGUCAAAAUUGAUUCGUUGACCCUAACAGGCAUGGACGCAUUAUGAGUCAAUGGGACCCUGGGCACAGACAUAUAAAAGGCCCCCCACCCCUCCUGCACAGGAGCAAA